UCCCAACAUGGCCGUGAAAGGGUGUGUGUUGUGUCCCCUGAAAUCCCAUCAAAAGUCCCACGUGCCUGUCGGCAUGUGCGCUUUAAAGCCUCCGUGGUGUCAUUUCUAAAGCCCUGUUGGCUCAACACUGUCCAGGCAUUGUCCUCCCUUUUAUUGCUAGUGCAGACUUAGCAGUACGGGCCAGCCCAUAUUGUCUUUCUCUAAGGUACACAUGCUGUAGAAAGCACUGGAACAGUUCUAUGUACAAACUGCUUUUUAGGUUUAGCAGACCAUCGACUGUCUUUAAAUUAGAGAAGAAGCCAACUUCUUCAAAAUUACAGCUGUCACCUAAACCAUGACAAGUGAUGACUGAGUCGUUAUAUUUAGUUUCACUGAAAAGUAAACUUCUACCACACACUCCUGUCCAACUCAUUUUUGAGUAUUUAGCUAAAGUAUGCUCGAAAUACAUGUAGAUAUUCCAUUAUUAGCAGCGUCGUUGUCGCAAACAUCAAUAAACACUCCCUUAACUGUCAGUAUAGUUGUACAGCAGUACUUACCUGUUCAUGUGGCCAUGGGGCUGAAUGACAGUGGGAACCAGUGGAGAGUGAGCAGGAGCAGGUGGACAGUAUAACAAAUGCUGUUAUCACUGAGAUAACAGCAGAGGGGGGGGUUGGGUGUCUGUGUUUGGGGAGGGGGUUGUAGAGGUCCGACUACAUAAGGCUGGAGUUCCCUGUGUUUAUAGUCAUGUUAAACCAAUAAAUCGUGUGUGAAAGGACAACAUGAUACAGGCCUUCAAAAAUGUUUCUGAUCAUUCUACAUCCAACACAAGUUCUGGCACAGACACCAGAGUUAUAGCUGAAAAAAAAAGCAAACCUAAAGAAAUAUAUAUGUUUUAAUUUAACAAAAGAGGACAACAUUCUCAAGCGUUAAAUGUUGUCUAAAGACAGACGUUGCCAAAGAAACUAUGAGUUAACUAGUUAAACUAGUUUUCAGAACUAGUCGUCUUUCUGCAAUCAGUUUGUUUUAAAUCUCUGAUAAACCAGAUUACAGUCUGAACAUUCAGAGCCAAUACUAGCUUUUGAUUUGUACAAAAUCUGCUCUCUGGAGUAUUGACCAGUAACAGUGAACCUGCUGUGUGCUGGACAGCAGCUGUGGUCUGCAGGCCUCUGACAGCUGGCGGUCAGCACCUGUACGGCGUGUCGUCAGACGGAAUGACACAACCUGAGAUGGGCCACCUGUGAGUCUGUGAGCAGAGUGGUAAACUGAGGACUUAUGAAUAAUUUAAUGCAAAAUGAUGUGGUGGCUUAGUGGCAGGCCAAUCAUUGAAUAACACACGGCCCGGAUGGGCUUUUCAAAGUGUCGGUGCCUGAAUACCUCCAAGCAGUGCUUCACCCUGGGAUCGUCGUCCUAAUGAUGAUGCUCAUAGCAUCACUUAGCUUCCGGUUCAAAGGCCGACUUCAACACCACGGCUAUGUGAUAUCCUGAGUUAAAUAGAAGCACCUUUGACUUCUGACAGAUGUAACUCUAAUGACAUUUAGUUAACUUAUCCUAACGGAGUCUCCUUCUGCUCUCUAAGGCUUAACCAGCAGAUAUGACGGACAGUUUGAAGAUACGAUUUGACUUCCCCAGCCCCGUCAUACAAGCCCAGACGGUGAGACAUCUUGUUGCUGCGGUGCUAAAAGAGAAAGCAACAAAUGGGCAAAUCUCACAGUCCUCCACCCAGGGCCCGGCGCUGGAGGCUCUGUGGCAGCAGUGCUGCAGUGACUGUGCUCUGGUGCGUUCAGCCUGCUGCGAUGCCGUGGUGCUGCUGGUGGAUCAAGGCCACGCAGACCUGCACUACGUUCUCAACAGCGUCCUAAACCUCCUGCCCUCUUCCAGAAACGUCCAGGGGCUGAUGAAGGUCAUCGGACGGCUGCUCCAGAUGCAGGCAGACCAGAGAGACAGAGACACACACUUCACCUGUCCUUACUCCAUCAGGAGCAGCCCUCACCCAUUCAUCACUGCACUGGAGAACCGCGUGGACUGCUGGCCCACUCUGCUGCUGGAGAUUGAUGACUUCAUUGGGCAGGCUGCUGACAGAAGGCAACCAGCCUACAUCACCAUGCUGGCCCCCUUCCUGCGGUACCUGUACUGUGAGCCUCAGAGGCAACCCCAACACGCCCUCCUGCGGCACAGACUCCUCAGGGUGCUGCUGCCCGUACACCCAGGAGCUGGAUCAGUCCUCCAGAACAAGGACCAGGAACACACCUCCCCAGUGUCUGACAGCCUGCUGCACUGCCUCUGUCAGCUGGUGCCACACAUGCAGGUGGACAGCGUGGAGGCGGUGCUGGAGCUCUGUGGAUUCGUGGACACUCUGCUUCAGGGUCUCGUCCCGGCCCCCGAGGAGCGCUGGAGGACCGAGAGAGUCGGGCUGCUUCUACAGCUGCUGUGUGCCUGCCAGCGCUGCCUGGAGUUAAACGGAGACUGUCGACCUCUUCUCAAUGUGUUGCAGCGGCUGCUGUCAGCUGGUCAUCAGGAGCUGCCAUUGGACGAGCUGCUGAUGGGCGUGGCCAUGCUCCUGUUAGAGGUCCCUGCAGCUCAGCAGACCAGCCUGCUCAGUCUGGCUCUGAGUUUAGUCCCUGAGCAGGCUGAGCCGUCACCCUGGUUGAGUCCAGUCCUGGUUCUUCCUGUGCUGCAGCUCCUGUCCUGCUCGGACCUCACCGAGCCGCUGGCCGACCGGCGGACGCACAGUCUCAACCAGGACCUGGCCCACAGGCUGCUCCGCCGCGUCAGCAGAGAGACGGAUAAACCAGGACAGUCUGGGCCACCAUUGGCUCUUCCUCUCAGUUCCUGGUACAGCGAGCUCAGCCUGGCUCUGUCGACGCUGCGUAAAGUGGCAGACAAUUCGGCGGCAGCAGCUGAGUGGCUGCUGUCGGUCAGCUCGGCCCUGUCGUCCAGCCAUAGCCGGCUCUGCUCCCUGGCCCUCAUCGUGACCCACGUCAUCAUCUCGAGUCGGGAAGACGUCUGCCAGCUGGCUCUGAAAGCAAGCCAGGCCAUCGCUGCUGCCGACCCCUGCCAGGUCCCCUCCCUUAUUCCUGUUCUGUUGUUCAAACUGGGGAAGGAGAAGAAUCCGGUCCUGGCUCACGCUGUGCUGAACUGCCUGCCAAACCUUGGGACUCACAAGCUCUGUGUGCCCAUGGUGCUCCAGACUCUCCACAUGCUGGCCAGCGCCCCCAAGCUGAGAGCAGUGGCAAUGCGCCUCAUGACCGCUCUUUGGAAGAAACAGGAUCGAAUCUACCCGGACCUGCAGCGUCUGCUGAGCCAGCAAGACAGCAGGGUGGUGGUGGGGAGGGACGCCCAGUGGGAGCAGAUCCUGGCCAGAGCCGCCUGCCUCAGGGACAUCUGCAGAGAGAGGCCUUACCAGCAUGGAAGUGACAUGUUGGCUGUCAUCACGCUUACUCUGAACCAGUGCACCAGACCAGACAUGGCAACCCCUGCUGCUCUCGCCCUGCAAGGACUACAGGAGCUGUGCCGGGCAGAGGUGGUGGACAUCGUCUCAACAUGGAGAAGUCUGGGACCCAAGCUGAGCUGUGACUCGCGUCCACUGAUGGUCAAAGUCAUAGCGGAACUUCUGGCUCUGGUACCCCAGCUCACUGUUAAGUCGGAUGAAUACGAGAAACUGAAGGAGGAGGUGGUCAGCUUUCUCUGGAAUUAUGCUGUGAGCAAGGAUCCAGAAGUGGCCAGCUGUGGUUACAGGGCUUUGGCAGAUUUUCCUGAAGUGGUCCACACAAUAAAUCUUCUUCCUGAGGCAGCCAGACCAGCUACAAAGGCCCCUGAGAAUGAGGAGGAUGAACAAGUGAAGGAGGAGGAGGAGGAAGAGAAGGAUCUCUCCAUCCCAGGUUCAUCUUAUGUGAAGCUGAUGGCUCUCACCCCCGUGUCUGUUCUGCCAGCCUUCGAGCUCUUCCUGACCUCACUGGUGAAGCAGGAGAUGAGCCAGAUGCCACGGGGAGUGUACUUCUCUGCCCUGAGGGGGGGGAAUCUGCGUUCAGACCAGGGCAAAACCAUGGCCGGGAUUCCGUCAUUCAUGCUGAAAACCUAUGAGAAAAACAAGCAGCCCGGGCUGAAGCCUGGGCUGGCAGCUGGACUGCUGCUCUGUUACGAUCUGCCUGUGCAGACGGACCGUGAAGGCAGACAGAUCGAUCGUUUCCUCGUCAGCCGCAGCCGCAGCUACCAGCAGACCUUGGCAGCCCUCAUUCAUGAAGUGAACAUUCAGCCGUCCGAGUGGCACCGUGCUCUCCUCCUGCCUCAGGCCUGGAGAGGUUUCAUGAGCCGAGCUUUCCACGCUGUCCUACAGGGUCAACGUGCUGAUUUGGAGAUGCAGCAGAAACAAGGCAAAGAGGAGCCGGAAGAGCUGCAGUACAAACAACACUGUGCCUGGUUGUGGGCCAGAGAUCAGCUGGCAGACGUCAUCAAGACUGCUACAAAGGACAGUCCUGUAGUUCAGGGAAACUCCAUCCUGGCUCUGAGCGGCCUGGCUGCUGUCCUGGCUAAAUAUGAGAGCAACCUGCCUGCUGAUGGAGAUGGCAGCCUCAGGGCUGGACCAGAGUUUGUGCCCACAGCCAGCUGGCUGGCCAUGGUUGUCAACACCCUGCUCAGCAUCAGCAGCAGCAGCUACAAGGCCAGAGGACAAGUCUUCCCAUGGUUCCUACAUCGGUCCUACUCGGGUGAGAACACAGCGAGUGCCAUAGCUCGCUCCUGUGCCAGCCUGGCGUUGUCACUGCUGGUCCCGGUGCUGGUGGUGUGGCAGAGGGACGGUCUGGGACAGGUCCUGUCAGCGCUGCAGGCCGGCCUGCCGGGCUCCCCCACCGCCGACGACUCCCAGGCUGUCCAGUUCCACUCGGGCCUGGCACUCGGCAUGGUGCUUUCCAGUCUGCACCACCAACGCCUUAGUGAUGUCUCUGUUCAGAAGGACACUGAUCUCCUCCUCAGCUCUCUGGAUGCUCUGGAAAGUUGCUCCUUUAACCCCAACCUGGAACACAAUACUGGCUGUGUGUUAGGUCUGGGUCUGGUGCUCGCAGCUCUCUGCAGCAGUGGACAGAAAGACCAACAUGUCCAUGUCACCCUGACACUGGACAAACUACUGUCCAACCUGCAGGACAGCAGCGGGCAGGGACGCAUGCUGCAGGAGGUUUUGGCGUACUCUGUGGCGUGUGUCGGCGUCUCGGCCUUCAGCGGAGGACUUAUAAAUGCUGACAAGGCGGAGGAGGUCAUGAACACUCUGCGCACCCUGACUGAGGAGAGCCAGCAGACUCCUGGCUUCUCCCUGGCUCUAGGGUUGGUGGUCCACGGCCUGUCAAUGUCCGGCCAUGGUAAAGCAGAGGACAUCCAUCCUCGUCUGCUGGCUGCUUGGAUCAAGAUCUUAUUGGCCGAGGGUUGUCCCACUAUGCAGCGACUGGCUGCCAUCAACGGCCUUGUGGCUUUAGUCGGAUCUGAGAGUUCCCUCAUUCAGCAAACAAGUGAGUUGGAGCUUUCCUCCCAGCAGCAGAGCAGGCUGAAUGAGGUUAUUCGAGCCAUCACACAGAUCAUAACAUUCUCAGGAGCCAUUGGUUUGCGGUCCAACAGUGCUUGUUUGGUUGGUCAUUUGCAUUUGUCCCACGUGUCCACCAGUCACAGUCACACAGCAGUGCCUCAGGAUUUCAGUUACCUCUCAGAGAGAAGCAUCAUCAGAUCCAUUAUUGACUUCAUCACAGAGGCUGGAAAAAAAGGUCCAGAGUUUGCUCAUCCAGCUCUGGUUAAAUCUGCUCUGACCCCACUGGCAUCGGUUGGAACCAGCUUCCAGUACCCGCCCGUCAACUGGAGUGCUGUCCUGUCUCCUCUGAUGAGGCUCAGCUUCGGAGAGGAUGUUCAGCAUCAGUGUGUGCUGCUGGCAGCAUGUCAGGCUCAGUCCUCUCAGAGUGCCUCUCUCUUUCUGGGCUCCUGGCUGUCACCGCCCCUUGUGCACAGUCUCAGUUACCAGACUCGGGCUCACCUGUUUGAGAGCCUGGGCUUGUGGAUGAAGCAUGUUGCUGAGGACAAGCUCCAGGUCCACAUGGAGAGUCUGGGCCUGCAGCAGUUCCAGGAGGACCUCCGACCCCAGCGUCUGGCCCUGUGCCGGUCCCUGCUGCAGGGCCUCGCUCAGGCCAUGGCUCUCCAAAAUCCCCCCAACAACUGCUGGACCAUCCUCUGCUCCACCACUGAGAAGAUCUUCACCCUGCUGCCCAACCAAAUCCAGGAUAAUGAAGUGGAUUUGUACGUGGGAAUCGCCAAAUGUCUGUCUGAGAUGUCUGAUGCAGAGAUUGACCGGAUCACACGAGUCACAGAGACUCAGAUGGAGAAGACCUGCUUCGUCCUGGCUUACUUCACCUCCCAAGGCAGAGUUCCCCUCCUGGGUCUCAAUGACGUCAUUGCCGGUGUGCUUCGUGGUUGGCCACGCCGCAGAGUCGGCUGGCUCCUCCUGCAGACUUUUUACCAGUGUCGCCUGGCCACCAGCCCCAAUACAGGUGUUUCGAAACGAAUGGAGUGGCUGCUGGAGCUAAUGGGACACAUCCGAAAUGUCGCCUACGGUGCAAACUCCAUCACAUGUGGAGACACCAAACUGGCCACAGACUUCCUGUUCCAGGUCUUUGCUGCUGCUGUGGUUUCCUGGGGCGACCACUCCAUGCCUCUCCUCCUCGGCGUCAGGGCCCAGUGGUUCCCAUGGCACCCCGACUCCAAGCCCCAAACUCUGCAACACGGUCUGUACGGUGAGGAGUCGCUCACGGACCGCGCCCUGCCGCAGUGCCUGCUGGGUAUGUCCCGCAGCCUGGCUCUGCUGCUGGACAAAGAGCCCUGGAGCAGCCAGACUCACAAGUUCAUAGACUGGCUUUUCAGCAUCACAGAAGGUCCUGAACAGACUCUGUCAGCCACCACCGUCAGCACAGCCAAAGCUGCCCUGUUGGCCCUGAAGUCCUCCGCUGAGUUCAAGAAGAAAGCUGUGUGGACCAGAGCAUACGGCUGGUAGCCCAGAGGAGCCCGUGGCAAUGCAUACAGAGGCUCUUCACACAAACAUGACUGGAACAUCUUCCCUGCCUCUGACUGCUGGACAUGGAUGCAGCGACGGCUCUGGAUGUGUGAGGCUCACUUCAGUGACAUGGACUCUGUACUGCACUGCCAUGGUAGCUCUACUUCAAUCACAACGUCAAGAGGAACGUGCCCUGUCGAUACAUGCCCAUUAAAAGUUGAAAUAUUUUAGGAUGUUGAGUUUGAGUUUCUGGCACUUGAGUUCAAGUUCUCUAGAAAAUACAGAUUUUAAUGAUCCCACAUUGUGAUGACAUCAAGCUCACAGAAUUUAAAAAAAGUAGUCCCUGAUGAACUUCAGAGGAAUAUCCUGAAGGACUUCCAAACAUUCAAUCUUUAAGGUGUCAUUUCCGUUUCAUCUUCUUGUUCCAUUUCUCCAGGUGGUGAUGUCUCUCCUGCAGCAGUUGCCAGACGGUCACAGAGGCCCCUUAAACAGACAACACUACUGUUAGAAAGUCAGAAAAAAAACAAGACGCUGUGUCAUUUUGUACAGCUGCAAAAAGAUUGUUAUCCUACUAUGAGGAAGUCACCUGGCCCGCUCUGCCUCUGAUUGGCUAGUGCUGGUUGCCUUGGUUGAUUGGAUUGGUUAGGUUUGGUCAUGAGGAGUGAGAUUAGUUUGGCUUACCCUGAUAUUUAUACCCAAUCAGGGGGGAGUGGGGCGGGUCAUGCCUUCGCUAUAGUAGGAUUCUUAAUGAUGCCUCCGCCUGUAGUAUGGGUUGCCAGAUUUGGGGUUUGAGCACAGAGUAUAGUCUGUGUACAGGCACAAUAGUACCAAACCUGGCAUCCUGACUGACAGGAAGAAGCUGCAGCCAGCUGUUGUUUACCAAGAAGUAGUUCCAACAAGUAACUCCCCCAAAACCUCAUGAUAAAAGUGUCGGAAAAGAGACUCAGAGGGUGAAUGUUUUCCUUUGUUUAGAAACACGUAGAGCACCUCUUUCAUUAGUGAAACAUCACAUUACAGAUGACACAAACAGCCCCCUCAUCCAUCUUGUGCUGUAUUGUCACAGUGUGGGGCGGCACCCACACAGUUUUUCUUUUUUUGUGCAUAAAACUGCAGGGUCAUUACGGUUUAUCUGGUAAUCAUCAUGACAAAAGAUGUUCAGUGUUUUGGCGUCAGAUAAGCCUUCAAACUCUGUUACUCAAACUGUCCUCUCCAAUGCAGUCUGAAUGCUGGCUAACAUCUCACCAAGAGCCAGGACAGGCAGGUAGACCAUCAGGAGGAAGGGGAGGUGAACCUGUGUUGACACUGUUGAAUUCAAAGAGGAAGCGUUCGUUGCUGUUGGCUCCACAUAAAGCAGGGCCUGGUAUAUAGUGACACCUGAGGAGGAAGAGGAACACAUACAAGAUGCUGAACUAUUCCUUUAAAGUUCUACAUCCUUCACACAGUAUGUCUGUUGUCUAAAGCAGUGAUUUUCAACCACUGUGCCACGGCACACUGAGAGAUCGUCAGGUGUGCCGUGGGAAAAUGUCCAAUUUCACUUAAUCGGUCCAAAAAAACAUUAUUUAGUUGCUGCAAAUAAUUUGCCAUUGUUGAGCAUCUGAGCUGCAAUAGAGUGGCUGACUAAGUAACAAAUACUCUCCCAUGCCAGUGGGUGGCAGUAGGUAGCGCAGUAAUGACCGUGUUAAUUUAAGACAGCAGACUUAAAUGAUGUGCGGGAGAGCUUGCGGUGACUAGACGAACAGCGAUGUUUGAAAAGGAAGAAAAUGCAGACUGAACUUGGCCCUGGACAACAUUCCAACCCAGAUGAAAAGCCUCGUAAGGAUCAACACAUUAAGAGACUUGUCAUCAAAUUGUCAGCAUAUGCUGUACUUGUAACUUUUUUUGGUUGUUGGUGUGCCGCGGGAUCUUUUUAAUGUAAAAAAUGCCGCGGCUCAGAAAAGGUUGAAAAACACUGCUCUAAAGCUCUGGUUCGCCAAAAGCUUUAAAAAUGUUAUUUUUAAGUUUGGAUUAUUAUUAUUUGAGAUAUAACAUUUUUUUAAAUCUCACAUGAUAAAAAGAAGCCUAAUAUGUGUCCAACAUUGUUAAAAAUGAUCUAAAGAAAUACAUAAUACAGACAAAGAAUUAAUAACAGGAAACCCCAUCUCAAAUUCAUGCAUUUAUUGUUCACUAUUUGGGAUAUUUGUACGGUUUAUCAGUUAUUCUGUACUGUUAUUGUUAUGCAUGCAAUAUAAUAUGAAAUAUCCACAAGAUAUGUCACUCAGGGGUGUUCAUUCAUUGAUAGAAAAGGAUUCUUAAAAUAUUCUGCUGCGGUUUAAUAAAGAACAUGUCCUUCUAAAGUAACAUGGGAUCAGCACACAGUCAGCCAGUGGUGAGUAGUUCACUGACUACACCGUCUGUGUGUUACUGAUAUUCUGGGGCUUCUCAGCUGUUUGUAUGCGGUGAACACGUGUUCUUUCCCCACACACUUCCUGACAUUUUAUCAUCGGCUCUGCUGUGCCAACUCGUUUCCUGUACGCUCCCACUACUUCCCUUAUACGAAAAGCAGCCUUUAACACAUUGAAGCAGCUCACAGUGUUCAGAGCAUGUCACCGUAUAACUGAUGACCCUAAAUGUAGUGAGAUGCAGUCUGAGGCAUGCCGGCCCAUUUGGUGCGAUUUUGUAAAACUGCCAGUUUCACAACUUUACAGUAGAUAUGAAGGGGAUAAAAGAUGUAGUCACCUUCAGUGGCCACUGACAGGAUGUAUAAGGGAAUGUAGAGUGUGUAGCGGGUCCACAGCAUGGGGAUGGAGGGUGUGUCCAUUACACACAGCAGCUCAUGUGGGUACCUGGCAUCACACAGCACACAGGGCACAACGGUACAGUAUUACACAACUAGAAAAUUUCGCAAGAAAUUUUGACAGUGUGGCUUCUACUGCCUGAAGCCGUUGCAAUAUAUAUA